GAUGUCAUCCAUCCGUCGACCAUUUAGCGAAAAGUCGUAAUUUUUACCAAAUAAAGUAAAAUAGUGAAUCAGUUUUAACAAAGUGAAAAAUUGGGUAAAUUAUGAAAAAAAAACCUUGAGCAAUAAAAACAAAUGGGUUAAUAAAUAUAUUAAUGGAAUACCGUAUUCAUAUUAUGAAUUCUUAAUUCCAUGCGUGGGAUGUUUACAAAAAUUUUGUAGUUUUAAUAAAAUUCCGAGCAAUAGGGAAUAUGUCAGCAGAAAGAGUCCGAAAACUUUAGUCAAUAAAGACAGUGCAGUUAAUUUUUUUGUGUAGAUUUUGUAAAGUACCAUGUCAGGUACAGAGCAAAAUAUUGCAAACUCAAUGCAACAAUUAUCUGUGCAACCAAGUAAUAGCGGUCAUACAGAUAAACCUACUCAAGUAGUUACUCCCGCAGUAAACAGGAGUCAGUCUGCAGCAGUCAAAGUUACACCCGUCAAGUCUAACACAAUUUCGCCUGCUAUUGCUACCAUUGAUAGACUCUUAAACUUGGGUGCUAGUCUUCCACCUCCACCUCCUGUCAUAACAAGACAAUCAGAUAUGGACCCACACACUUUGGAACAGCUGAGAGCUGUUAAAGAAAUGCUGACAGCACAAGAAGAAGAAGCUCAAAGCCUACGAGACCUUAAUAGAGAUUUACGCGAGCGAUUAGAGGAUUGUGAAACGAAAAUAAAAAAACUGACGGAGCAAAAUGAGGAAUAUGCUGAGAAAGAAAAGUCUCUUUCACAGCGUGUUGCAGAAAAGGUCAGAAACAAUAAACAGAUGAGUGUAGUGAUGGAAGAGUAUGAGCGUACAAUAUCAUCGCUUAUAGGGGAAAGGGAAACUGAAGCUAAAAGAUGGACUGAGGAGAGAUCUACUCUCUUGAGGGAGCGUGAUGAGGCUGCAGCUCAUUUAGCUUCUAUGGAACAUGCAUUCAAUGAUGUUCAUACUAAAUAUGAGAGAUGUAAAGUAAUUAUUCAAGGGUACAAGAGUAAUGAGGAGACCUUAAAGAGAACUGUGGAAGAAAAUAAUGAUGCAAUUCAGAAGUUAGAGGCUCGAUAUGAAACAUUACGACAACAUGCCAUGCAGCAAUUGAAUAAGGCUAAUGCAGAACUAGACUCUGUAAAGAAAACUCAUCAAGCUGAGAUUUUGAAGCUUAAUGCUAUGCUUAAGAAGAGCGAAGUGCAUGCUUCCUCUUUACAAGAAUCACUAGCUCAGAAAAUUAAAGAUAAUGAAGAGCUUACAGCCAUCUGUGAUGAGUUAAUAAAUAAAGUAGGUUAACAUGUCACAGUCUGCAUUGACUAUACACAUAAUCAUUUUCAUUUACUCAACUAACAUUUAGAUUAUAACAGAUCACAUUAGAGUACACUAAUAACCACUCACAUUCACUCUAAUGUAUAAGAUUAUUACAAAAUACUUAAAGCAAGCAAGUGCUGUUACCAUUUCAUAAAAAUUAUAUUGUAUUUAAUUUAUAUUUUAUAAUUCUAUGUGCAAUCAAGUGUCAGUUUUAUUAUUGUACAAUUAUUGAAAAUAUCAAAUAGAAUUAAAAGUUUUUAUGUUAUGACAUUAUUAUUUAUAUACUUUGUGAAUUGUGUUAUCUCUUUGUACUUGAACUAGAACAUUUAAUUCACUCGGUGCUUUGCAAAUUUUAACUAGCCUUUUACUGCUUGCUUAACAUACUCCCAGGUUAUUUAUUUAAAAAAAAAAGUAUUAAUUAAUAAUCUAUAAAAAUAGUAAUUCUUUUUUGCAUAUAUGUGACAAUAUAUUGCAUAUAAGCCAAAGAUUUUUUAAAGAAUGUUGGCUGAUUAAUGGUGCAAAUUUCAGCUGGUUUUGGAUUUUGUAAUACAAUUUUGAUUUGUCUUUCUGUUUAUAAUAAAAAUAAUUUAUCUAUAAUAGGUACAUUUUAUAUCUACAAAUUAAAAAACUGAUUUUGUUGCAGAAAAAUAACUGAUAUUUUUAAUACCUGCUGCCAUAAGUGAUUGAUAAAAAUAAAAUAUUAUAUUUAAAUUUGUAAUAUAAAUAAGAGUAGUUUGUUAUUUUUGUGCUUUCCAACUAUUAACAUUAGUACUAUUUUGUGUUAUGUUCAUUUUAAGUUUAUAAAAUAUUAAGUAUUAAGUUGGUAAUACUUUAACCAGGCUCUAAAUUUUUGCUUGUUUAAUUGAUCUAGUCUUAAAACUAAUUUUCUAAACAGAUUAUUAUGCUUUCAAGAGAUUAUUGAUGUCUUAAGUAAUCUAAUAAUAAUGUUUAAUAAUAUUUAAUGAAUUUAGAAUUUAAUGAUCUUUACCAUUUUCCAUAUGACACCAUAGCCCUAAAUUAGGAAAAAGUAUUCUAAAGUUUUGUUCCUAUUCUUAUCUCCAUGGGUGUGAGGUAUUAUACUGAAAUAAAGACUUGAAAAUGAUCCAGCAAUAAAAUGAAUAAUUUGUAUAUAUAAAUUUUUUUUGGUUGUACAGUGAGUGUGCCUUUAUGAAAAUUGUCUCACCAUCCAUUCAGUCCAAUAUUAGUUUGUUACAUAAUAACUUGAAAUUGGUAAAAUUACGACUAUUAGGUAUAUAUAGUAACAGUAGUGUCCAAGAUAUGGUUAGUAAUAUUGUUUUUAUUGACAAUGCAAAAGUAUUACAGCUUGUAAUAUCAUGGCAUUCUAUACAUUAAAGUUGAAUGCCUAGAUAACAUUCAGUUUUAUUACUUAUGUCUAUUUUUUAAUAUAAUUGUCAUUAAUUUUUUUUAUAAAUUAACUAUUGGCUAACAAACAGUAACAAAGUAUUCCUUUUUAACAACUGUCAACAUUCCACAUAUUAUUUUUGUAAACAUUUUAUGGAUACUUAAAUUUUUUUGAACUGUUUUUAUAUCCAUCAUCUCCAUUAUUUUUGACAGUUUUUUUUUGUAAUCGAUAGUUAUGGUUGUAUUUUGGAUAUGACUCAAAAUUGUUAUUGAAAUAUAAUUUAGUUUUGUUCUAUUAGUCUAAGUAUAAUUUUGUACUUUUGUCAUUUUUUUUAUAAUAUAUGAGUAUUUUGUGCAUUAUGAGCAGUUUAUUCAUGUGAAUAGAAUGAUUUAAUAAAACUAUCCCUAUUUUAUACAAA